AUGUCGCUAUCAUUCGAUUUAACGACAAUCAAAGCAAACACAGAUGGAUGGGGUCCAACUGGCAGUUUGGAGAAGUUCAACGAUAUCCCCUAUGCUCCAUUCUCAAAGAGCGAGAAGAUUGGAAAGUGCUCCGAUUGGAACUCCAACAUGAAGCAAUAUCAUAGACAGAACAUUUAUGGAGCCAACGCUUCGAACCCAUUCACAUUCAAGUUGGAGGAGGACGAGGAGAGCUUCCAGUUGGUCGAUUACUCUCGUCCAACAGUCAACAAGAGCAGAUUCCACAACAAGGGACCACGUCAAUUCAACCAGCGUGGUGGCUACGGUGGUGGUCAGCGUCAACAGGGCGGUCGUGUCAUUCUCGAUCGUUACUCAUCGCGCGGUGGUAAGCGCGGAGGUCGUCCAUUCAACCGUUUCUGGAACGAUCGUCGUCAGAAGAACCGCGAGUCCUCAAUCGAGAUCCAGCCCACUUGGGAGAACAAGCAGGAGAUCGACUUGACUCCACUCAAGACACUCUACCUCGAAACAGCCCCACAGCCAGAGCUCAUCGCAACAUGUGGUGCAGCCAAAUACUACAACAUUAAUGUUGAGAGAGUAACAGCAAGAGACGACAAGAACUUGAUCAAGAAUGACAAGGCCGUACCAUUGAUCCCAACGUCAGACGACAAGUUCUUCAGAAAGAACUACCAGCUCGGAAGCAUUUACAUCACAGACUCGAUCCUGGCCACACUGAUGACGGCCAACCGUUCCGUCUACUCGUGGGACAUCGUCGUCAUCCGUGUCGGAGGCAAGACCUUCUUUGAGCACAGACCAGGCACCACUGACAACAUCACCGUCUACGAGAAUGCCAACCUGCACUACGACGACAAGGACCCAAUCAACUCACCAGCUGCGCUCUCCAACGAGGCAUCAGUUAUCAACCAGAACUACCAACAACAGGCUCUUUCACAGGACACUCCAGCAUAUAAAUUCGAGACUGAGCUGGAAGAGGACGAGUACGACAGCCAGAACUGCGUGACCGUCGGAUACAGAUAUAUGAAGUAUGACCUGGGCGACGAUCUGGUCGUCCUGGCUCGUACCGAGGUGGACGGCGCUGUCCUCGAGAAGGGCCAGACCAAGUUCAUCGCGAUCAAGGCCACCAACGAGUUUGAUCCAAGACGUGAUCAAUCGACCGACUUCAGAAAGAACAUCGACAACCAGCGUGCAUCCAUCCUGGCCAACGAGAUGAAGAACAACUCGACCAAGUUUGCCAAGUGGUCGAUCCAGGCCACCCUGGGAGGCAUCGACAUGAUGAGUUUGGGUUACGUGUCACGUACCAACCCACUGGAGCCAACCGCCCACAAGCUGCUCGCCUCGCAGCUCGUCACCGUGUCCAGCCUUAACAACCAGAACCGUGUCGACAUGAGAAACACAUGGGCCAUCGCCAAGAGCCUCAUUGAGACCUGCGCCAAGUUGCCACAGGGCAAGUACCUGCUGCACCGCGAUCCAAACCGUCCAGUCGUCAACAUCUACUCGGUGCCCGACGAUGCUUUCGAUCCAGAGGAUGAGGAUGCCAUUGAGGACGAGGACAACGAGAAUGACAGCCAGAACAAGGGAUGGGUUCAGAGCACCAACUAA